GUACUCCAUACACACUCAAAUUGACUGUUCACAGUGCUUUGAACAGUCUGCGACAGUACUUCUCUCCUGAGUUGGGUUGAAAUGAAGCUUUUAGUUACCAUUAUUCCCUUGUUCGUAGGUCUAUCGACAUUUUCACGGUUUGCCUCGGCUGUCGACUGUGAGGUGUCCCUACCUCAACACGCCUCCCCUAAGUGUGCAGCCAUCAGAAAUGAUACUCUAAACAAACUCAAAGAAACUUAUACCAUGAAACCAAGUCAAUACAGCUUUGUGCUGUUGAACAUGACCAUUUCUGAGCUGGGAGCUGUCGCCCUAAAGGACCCAUUUAUCAGUUACUACGUCAGGGCAUACGUGGGAAUGACCCAGACAAAUAACCAGAUUUUAGCGAAGUACAAUAACGCAACUGCAGGACAAGAUAUAACUGGAUUGUCGGACUAUCUCGAGAUGUCAGAGUUUUUCCAGACAGUUCUAGAGCCAGUACUUGGGGAAUAUGUGAGGUCGGCUUCAAGGCACGAAGCAUUUAUCGACGACAAAACCCAAUGGAUUAGCGAUAAAUUUUUCGCUCAGCAGCGUCUAGCAGGGAAUAACCCGUUGACAAUCAGACGGGUAACCAUGAAAGGAUGUGCAGCAAAGACAAUUCAAGGGGCGUGUUGCCGUUUCCCGUUUAAAUAUCGUGGUAAAGUUUAUCGUCAGUGUACGAGGGUAGGAAGCCAUAGGCCUUGGUGUUUUACGGCGGCAAAGAAAUGGGGAAAGAGACGGAAAUGGGGAUAUUGUGCAGAACAAGAACCAGAAAUAUCAGGACUGGAUUUCGGUAUAUUGAAGAAGACAAUGAACCUUGACUUUGACUGGGAUGGUGCCGUCAGAGCGGCUUUGGGAACUGGUGGUUCUUUGGAAGAUGCGAUAAAGCAGGGUCGCAUUUAUGCUCUUCGUUACGAGUUGUGCGACGAUUUGGGUCGAGCUCCUGACCUCACAGAAAGAGACCCUCAGAGGGAGAUGUGGAAUUUCCUUUCUCCCAUCGCUUUUUUUGCAUCAAAGACGGUUAGAGGAAAAAGGAAUGAAUUUGUACCUGUUGCUAUACAAAUGGACCACCCACCAGAUUCAGCGGUGUAUACUCCAGCCGAUGGAGACAACUGGUUACUCGCCAAGCUUAAUGUUCAGAUCACAGACAUCGGAUAUGCUCAAAUCACUGAACAUCUUGCCAAGAUCCAUUUCUUUGUGGAGCCCUUUUGUGUCUCUUUAAAACGUACCCUGCCGCCCAUGCACCCGUUGAACCAAAUGCUGAAGUAUCAUUGCCGAGAAGUGACCAUCCCAAAUACAUUUGGAACACCUGUUCUUCUAGGCGAUACUGGAUUCGCAGCUUUGCUGUUUGCAUAUGGAAAAGAAGGGGCUUUAAAGCUUGUUCGAGAUGUACAUCCAUUGACAUCAUGGGAAAUAACUGACUACAGGGAAAACAUCAAGAAACGUGGAAUGUUCGACAGGAAUCUUCUACCAUACUAUCCUUUCCGAGAUGAUGGUUUGGUGAUCUUAAAAGUAAUCGAAGAUCUAGUGAGGAGUUACAUUGACUUGUAUUACAGAAGUGAUCAAAACGUGAAGGAAGAUGUGGAACUACAGGCGUACCUGAAUGAGGUGUCACUGGAUGGAACUGGACCGAAUGGAGGAAUUGGUCAGAUAAAAGGUUUACCACCAAGUGUUGAUUCCAAAAGAGAGCUCUGUGAAAUUCUAAGUCGUUUUAUUUCCCACUUGACUAUCUAUCACGCGUCGGUCAAUUACGUUACAACGGAUUACCCAGAAUACAUCCCCAACCAACCAACUAAACUUUAUAACGACUCCAGAGUGGAAGAUGGACAAUUCUCCUUUCUGCGACUGCCAAACAGAGCUGCAAGCGCAAUCCAGUCAACUGCGUUCAAUAGUCUGGGAAGUUUCCGUUUCGAUUCUUUGUUUGACUACGGCAACGAGCUUGACGACACUAAGGCUGCGAACCUGGUCAAUGCAUACUACUGUCGACUAAUGGACAAGGUUCAGCCUUAUUUGCAAGCAAGAAACCGUCUGCGGGAGAAGAAUGGCUACCUCGCAUAUCCGUAUUUUAUCCCAAAAUGGCUGCCCAAUGGCAUUCAGACUUAAUCGAUUGUACUUGUAGGAGAGUGUAACUUUUGUUAGAUUUGUGUAUGUGUACAUGGGUUGUUAUUGGCGUAGGGUAUAUAAUUAUUAAAUCUACGUGUUAUUUUGGCGUUUCCGGCUUAGAAUCAUACUUUGCUGAAAGGUACUUAAACUUUGUCAACCAUAGUUGGAGGAAAAAAUUUGCUUUUACUAGUUUAGUGUGAUUUUUGACGGUAUGGUUACAAAAAUUUUUUCGCCUUAAAACUAACGUGGGAAGGGCUGAAAAAGG